GGAUUAACCUGUUUAGCACACGUCCCAUGAUCACAAAACCAGGAAACUACUUCAACUGCUCAUUUCAGAGCAAACAAAACUUUUAUCAAACUCUCACGUCUUUCUCUCUGUAUGUAUAUUAGUGAAAUAUGGCAGAAGGGAAUAUUCCUCAAGACAAGUUCAGCUGUUCAGUGUGUUUGGAUCUACUGAAGGAUCCAGUGACCAUUCCCUGUGGACACAGUUACUGUAUGAGCUGUAUUACAAACUACUGGAAUCAGGAUGAUCAGAGGAGAAACUACAGCUGUCCUCAAUGCAGACAAACCUUCACAUCAAGACCUGCUUUAAACAAAAAUGUGAUGUUUGCUGAAAUGGUGGAAGAACUGAAGACGAGACUUCAAACUGCUGUUUCUGAUCAAUGUUACGCUGGACCUGAAGAUGUGAAGUGUGACGUCUGUACUGAGAGAAAAUACAAAGCUGUCAAGUCCUGUCUGGAGUGUCUGAACUCUUACUGUAAAAAUCACCUUCAACAACAUGAAAAUCUCUUUAAAGACAGAAGACAUCAUUUGAUGGAUCCCACUACAAAACUCAAUGAAAUGAUCUGCUCAAAACAUAGAAAACAUCUUGAAAUCUACUGUCGCACUGACCAGGAGUGCAUUUGUUAUCUGUGUACGAUGGACGAACAUAAAAAUCAUGACACUGUAACAGCUGUAGCAGAAAGAACUGAGAAACAGAGAGUUUUGGGAGAGACACAGAGAAACUUCAAGCAGAGAAUCCAGGAGAGAGAGAAGAAGCUUCAGGAGCUCAGAGACGCCGUGAACUCUUACAAGCGCUCUGCACAGACAGCAGUGGAGGACAGUGAGAGAAUCUUUACUGAACUGAUCCGCUCCAUUGAGAGAAGCCGCUCUGAGGUGACACAACUGAUCAGAGAUCAGGAAAAGACUGCAGUGAGUCCAGCUGAAGGAGUCUUGAAGCGUCUGGAGCAGGAGAUCGAUGAUCUGAGGAGGAGAGACACUGAACUCGAGCAGCUUUUACACACAGACAAUCACAUUCAUUUCCUGAAGCGCUUUCAGUGUCUGUCUGCACCUCCUGAAUCUACAGUUUCACACGACAUUACUGUCAGUUCUCUCAUCUCUUUUGAUGAUGUGAGAAAAUCUGUCUGUCAGCUGAAAGAAAAACUGGAGGAUUUCUGUAGAGAGGAGAUAGAAAAUAUAUCUGAUCAAGUUUCAUAUAUUACAAUUGUUCCUGAUGAGUUGAAGACCAGAGAGGAGUUCUUACAAUAUUUCAGGCAGUUCACACUGGAUUUUAACACAGUGAAUAAAUACUUCCGUCUGCGUGAUGGAAACACAUCGGCUGCUAACAUUGAUACAGUCCUCCCAUAUCCUGAUCAUCCAGACAGAUUUGAUGUGAGGCAGCAGGUGUUGUGUAGAGAGAGUGUGUGUGAACGCUGUUACUGGGAGGUUGAGUGGAAUGGUGAUGUGGGUAUAUCAGUGUCAUAUAAGAGCAUCAGCAGGAAGGGACGGAGUCGUGAGAGUGUGUUUGGAUUUAAUGAUCAGUCCUGGAAAUUGUACUGCACUGAAUUCAAAUGCUCAUUCUGUCACAAUAACGAACGCACUGAUCUCCCUGUAGUGUCCAGCUCCUGUAGAAUAGGAGUGUAUGUGGAUCACAGAGCAGGAAUUUUGUCCUUCUACAGCGUCUCUGACACAAUGACCCUCAUCCACAGAGUCCAAACCACAUUCACUCAUCCUCUCUAUCCUGGUUUUUAUGUUAGUAAAGGAUCCACAGUGAAAGUGUGUCGUCUCACAAAAUCAUAGAUCAUAGAGAAGUAAAGUAAAACUGUUAAAUUCUGGGUUAUAUGAGUAAAUAGAAAAGGCCUAUUAUAAUAUUGCAUGUGCAAAUGGGUAGUUGACGAAUAAAUCUUACACUCUAAAAAAAAAUAGUGCU